AAUUGACCGGGGCCAUGAUUGAAGGGGCGGUUACUCCAGGUCAGGAUCUGGGAGGAGAUGCGGAAACAUAGAACUCGUAAUUAUUGCGUCCUAGAGACUAGAUUCUUAGAUUUUUGUAAUGUUUUCCUGUCCUCAAUUUUGAACUUGUAAGACCUGGAGAUGGAAGAUAAUUUCUGGCAGCACUCAAGAUGGCGAAAAACUUGGGCGCUAAGGACCCCGGAAGCGGAAGCGGAAUUACGUAAGCGGUCUACACGUGCGGCCCUGACCACCUGGUACUCUGGGCGCGGGGUGUUGGUUUGAGUGACAUUCCACCAUGGGCAAGAAGGGCAAAGUUGGCAAGAGCCGGCGGGACAAGUUCUAUCACUUGGCUAAGGAAACCGGUUACCGUUCCCGCUCUGCUUUCAAGCUGAUCCAACUCAAUCGCCGCUUUCAGUUCCUGCAGAAAGCUCGAGCCUUGCUGGACUUGUGUGCUGCACCAGGAGGAUGGUUGCAGGUGGCCGCCAAGUUUAUGCCUGUAUCCAGUCUUAUUGUGGGAGUGGACCUGGUCCCAAUCAAGCCUCUCCCCAAUGUGGUGACUCUCCAGGAAGACAUCACAACAGAACACUGUAGACAGGCCCUGAGGAAGGAGCUGAAGACCUGGAAGGUUGAUGUUGUGCUCAAUGAUGGGGCCCCCAAUGUCGGGGCUAGCUGGGUCCAUGAUGCUUACUCACAAGCCCACUUGACACUGAUGGCUCUACGUUUGGCUUGUGAUUUUUUGGCCCGUGGUGGCUGCUUUAUCACGAAGGUUUUCCGUUCCCGUGACUAUCAGCCCCUGCUGUGGAUCUUCCAGCAGCUGUUCCACCGUGUCCAGGCCACCAAGCCCCAAGCCUCUCGCCAUGAAUCAGCAGAAAUCUUUGUAGUCUGUCAGGGAUUCCUGGCUCCUGACAAGGUUGAUAGUAAAUUCUUUGAUCCUAAGUUUGCUUUUAAAGAGGUUGAAGUUCAGGCUAAGACUGUUACUGAGUUGGUGACUAAGAAGAAGCCAAAGGCUGAAGGAUAUGCUGAGGGUGACCUUACUCUCUAUCACCGAACCUCUGUCACUGACUUCCUGCGAGCUGCCAACCCUGUUGACUUUCUCUCCAAGGCCAGCGAAAUUUCAAUAGAUGAUGAAGAGUUGGCACAGCAUCCAGCUACCACUGAGGACAUACGGGCUUGCUGUCAGGACAUUAAAGUGCUGGGGCGCAAGGAUCUCAGGUCCCUACUGAACUGGAGAACAAAGCUUCGCCGAUACGUAGCCAAGAAGCUGAAAGAGCAAGCAAAGGCACUGGAUAUCAGCCUCAGCUCAGGAGAGGAAGAAGAAGGUGAUGAGGAAGAGUCUACAGCUGAGACAAGGCAGCGCUCUCAGGAGGAGGAAGAAGAGGAGCAGUUAAACCAGACCUUGGCAGAGAUGAAGGCCCAGGAAGUGGCAGAACUAAAGAGGAAAAAAAAGAAGCUGCUACGGGAACAGAGGAAGCAGCGGGAGCGUGUAGAGCUGAAGAUGGAUCUGCCUGGGGUCUCCAUUGCAGAUGAGGGAGAGACUGGCAUGUUCUCACUUCGUACCAUCCGAGGUCACCAGUUAUUAAAGGAAGUAACACAAGGGGACAUGAGUGCUGCAGAUACAUUUCUGUCUGAUCUGCCAAGGGAUGACAUCUACGUGUCAGACGCCGAGAGCGAUGACGAUUCUUCUUUGGACAGUGACCUAGAUCCAGAGGAGCUGGCAGGAUUAAGAGGACAUCAGGGUGUCAAGAACCAAAAAUGUGUGCAAUUUACUCAAGAAGAUGAUAAAGAGGAGGGAGAAGAGAAUCCAUUGCUGGUACCAUUGGAAGAAAAGGCAGUACUGCAGGAAGAACAAGCCAACCUGUGGUUCUCAAAGGAUGGCUUCAGUGGGAUUGAGGAUGAUGCCGAUGAGGCCCUGGAGAUCAGUCAGGCCCAGCUGCUGUACAAGAGCCGUCGGAAGGGGCAGCAACAGCAACAGCCAUCACCACCGCCACCAUCAGUAUCACCUUCUAGUUUGAAGACUAAAAAGAAAUCACCCCUAUGUCAAGAUGAAGUUCCUAAGGACACAGAAGCUGCCACUGGCCCUGGAGGGGAAGACAGACAUGAUAGUUCAGACAGUGACAGUAGUAGCAGUGAGGAUGAAGCAAGUUGGAAACAAUCGCGUGGUAAAAAGCGUAGCCGUGGGCCUAAAUCAGAUGAUGAUGGGUUUGAAGUAGUGCCUAUCGAGGACCCAGUGAAACAUCGGAUUUUGGACGCUGAAGGCCUUGCUCUCGGUGCUGUGAUUGCCUCUUCCAAAAAGGCCAAGAGAGACCUCAUAGAUAAUUCCUUCAACCGGUAUGCAUUUAAUGAAGAAGAGGGAGAACUUCCAGAGUGGUUUGUGCAGGAAGAGAAGCAGCACCGGGUAAGGCAAUUGCCUAUUGAUAAGAAGGAAGUGGAGCAUUAUCGGAAACGCUGGCGGGAAAUCAAUGCACGCCCUAUCAAGAAAGUAGCCGAGGCCAAAGCCAGGAAGAAACGGAGGAUGCUGAAGAAGCUUGAACAAACCAAGAAGAAGGCAGAAGCUGUGGUGAAUACAGUGGAUAUCUCAGAACGAGAAAAGGUGGCCCAGCUGCGAAGUCUCUAUAAGAAGGCUGGACUUGGCAAGGAGAAACGCCAAGUCACCUAUGUUGUAGCCAAAAAAGGUGUGGGUCGUAAAGUACGGCGGCCAGCUGGCGUCCGGGGUCAUUUCAAAGUGGUAGACUCCAGAAUGAAGAAGGAUCAGAGGGCACAGCAGCGGAAAGAACAGAAGAAAAAACACAAGAGGAAAUGAGCUGAGCUAUUUGGGCCCUGGCAACUAAAGACUAAGGGAAGAUAGCUUAUUACAUAACAGCUGAAAAAACUGGAG